AUAAAUUGUUGAGUUGUCUUUUACUUUAUUUGCGUAAAUUUGUCAAGUGCUCAAGUGUUUGCUAAUAACAGAAAAGAAUUGUGCACAUUAAAUUUAAUUUUGUAUUGUUGUUAAGAUGGAAAAAAUAUUAGUAACAGGCGGUACGGGAUUGGUAGGAAAGGCACUCGAGGAAGUGACAAAAACAGAAAAACAAAUAAAUGAAGUAUGGUAUUUUGCCGGCUCUAAAGAUGGCGACCUCACAAACCUGGAGGCAACAGAAGCGCUCUUCCAACGCGUCAAGCCUACUUGUGUGAUACAUUUGGCAGCUAUGGUUGGAGGCUUGUUUCAUAACAUGAACAACAAUUUGGAUUUUUUGAUUAAGCGAACUGAUAUACUUGAGAAACGGCAUAAUUUCUAG